GCUGUCCGGUUUUGGUAGUGUAUUUAGGAGAGGACGUAAGAGGUUGAAAUCGUGUGGAUUCGAUGGAAGCAUCCAAGCUUCCAUGCUCAUUUGCCCCGUUUCCAUCUCGUCCCAAAUGCCACUUUCCUAUUUCCCCAGCCCGAGCCCCAGGUCAUGCAGCUUUCAGGAAUUACAAACACUCGAGUUUAAUCUCCAGAAAUAAGAGUGCCCGGGGGGCCAUACAGAAUGCUGCAGCAGCAGCAGCAGGUUUAACAACAGCUCCGGUACAAGCCCUCACAGAGGAGGAGGAGGAGACAAGUGGGAAUUCUAUCCGCAGGCGGUUUCUUGAAUUUUAUGCUGCAAGAGGUCAUAAGAUUCUUCCAAGCUCUUCCCUUGUGCCUGAUGAUCCUACUGUCCUCCUCACUAUUGCUGGCAUGCUUCAGUUCAAGCCUGUUUUUCUUGGAAAGGUGGCCAGGCAAGUACCAUCUGCUACUACUUCUCAACGGUGUGUACGUACCAAUGAUAUUGAAAACGUUGGCAGAACAUCUCGACACCAUACCUUUUUUGAGAUGCUCGGGAAUUUUAGUUUCGGUGAUUACUUCAAGAAGGAAGCAAUCAAGUGGGCUUGGGAACUCUCAACCGUAGAAUAUGGAUUGCCUGCAGACAACUUAUGGAUUAGUGUCUAUGAAGAUGAUGAAGAAACCUAUGCAAUAUGGCAUGAUGAGAUAGGUGUUCCGGCAGAUCGCAUAAAGAAGAUGGGUGAAGAAGACAACUUUUGGACAAGUGGUGCCACGGGUCCUUGUGGUCCCUGCUCAGAGAUCUACUAUGAUUUCCAUCCCGAGAGGGGACAACACUCAGCCGUUGAUUUGAAUGAUGAUACAAGGUUUAUAGAGUUCUACAAUCUCGUGUUCAUGCAAUUCAACAAAAAAGAUGACGGUUCUCUAGAGCCCCUGAAACAAAAGAAUAUAGAUACAGGUAUGGGCUUAGAACGCAUGGCCCGCAUCUUGCAAAAGGUUCCCAACAAUUAUGAAACGGAUUUGAUCUUCCCGAUUAUAGAAAAAGUCUCGGAACUGGCAAAUGUCUCGUACGCACGUGCAGACGAUUCUACAAAAACAAAACUCAAAGUUAUCGGUGAUCACAUGAGGGCGAUUGUUUAUCUCAUAUCAGACGGUGUUUUCCCAUCAAAUAUUGGUAGGGGUUAUGUGGUGAGACGGCUCAUUAGGCGGGCUGUACGUACGGGAAGAUUACUCGAUAUAAGAGGAGAUGAAAACGGCAACCUCGAAGGGGCAUUUUUGCCAAUUGUUGCUGAAAAAGUUAUAGAUUUAAGUAGUGAAAUCGACCCCGAUUUAAAAUCUAGAAAAUCCCGUAUUCUUGAAGAGUUAAAAAGAGAGGAGUUACGUUUUGUGGUAACCUUAGAAAGAGGAGAGAAGCUUCUAGAUGAAAUGUUGGAUGAUGCGUUAGGAAAAGCGAAAGUAAACAAUGCCGACCCGUUUUUAUCGGGAAAAGAUGCUUUCCUUUUGUACGACACUUACGGUUUUCCAGUUGAAAUAACUAUGGAAGUAGCUGAUGAACGUGGGGUUUCUAUCGACAUGAGUUGCUUUGAUAUCGAAAUGGAAAAUCAAAGGCGACAAUCACAAGCUGCACAUAAUACUGUCAAACUCACAGUCGAAAACGGGUCAGAGCUGACCGAAAACAUUCCCGACACGGAGUUUAUCGGUUACGAUACCCUUUAUUCUAAAGCAGUCAUCAAGGGUCUUCUGUUGAGUGGGAAACCGGUUGUGGAGGUUUCUCAAGGAAAUGAAGUUGAAGUUUUACUGGAUCGUACGCCUUUUUAUGCUGAAUCCGGCGGUCAAAUUGGAGACCGUGGGGUCCUAAAAGUCAACAAUACCGCUGUUAUAGAGAUAGCUGAUGUCCAAAAGUCUUUAGGAAACAUAUUUGUUCACAAAGGUGUGAUAAAAGAAGGAAUUGUUGCAGUUGGUAGAGAAGUUGAAGCUGCAGUUGAUGCAAAACUCAGGCAACGGGCAAAGGUCCAUCAUACUGCUACUCAUUUGCUACAAGCAGCGCUUAAGAAAGUGAUAGGACAAGAGACAUCACAAGCUGGAUCAUUGGUGGCGUUUGAACGACUAAGAUUUGAUUUCAACUUCCACCGACAGCUUCUUGAUCAUGAGUUAACAAAAAUCGAAGAUUUAAUCAAUGAAUGGAUUGGAGAUGCUACUGCUCUACAAACUAAAGUGAUGCCCAUUGCUGAUGCUAAAAGUGCUGGGGCUAUAGCAAUGUUUGGAGAAAAAUAUGGCGAAGAGGUACGUGUUGUAAAUGUUCCAGGUGUAUCAAUGGAACUCUGUGGUGGCACACAUGUUAGUAAUACUUCAGAGAUUCGUGGCUUCAAGAUAAUUUCAGAACAAGGGAUAUCCUCGGGAGUAAGACGUAUAGAAGCCGUUGCAGGUGAUGCUUUUAUCGAAUACGUUAGUGAGCGGGAUAACUACAUGAAGCAGCUUUGCUCCACACUCAAAGUAAAGGCAGAAGAAGUACCCGCAAGGGUAGGGGCGAUUAUGGAAGAACUAAGGAUGGUAAAAACCGAAGUUUCAGCCGCCCGUGCAAAAACGGCAGUUUAUAAGGCAUCAGUGCUCGCAAACAAGGCAUUUCAUGUUGGGACUACCACACAAAUCAGGGUGGUCGUUGAAUUAAUGGACGAUACGGAUGCGGAUUCACUUAAAUGUGCGGCUGAACAUCUUGUUGAUGUUUUACAAGAUCCGGCAGCAAUAAUUUUGGGGUCGUUUCCGGGUGAAGAUAAAGUGAGUUUAGUGGCUGCAUUUAGUCCUUCAGUAGUUAGUAUGGGGAUCCAAGCUGGGAAAUUCAUAGGGCCCAUAGCAAAAAUGUGCGGAGGAGGAGGUGGUGGCCGCCCAAAUUUUGCUCAGGCGGGUGGAAGGAAGCCAGAGAAUUUGUCAAGUGCGCUCGAAAAAGCAAAAACCGAUCUUGUUUCGGUUUUAUCCAAGAAAGCAAGCUAACUAUGCGUGGUGUGUCAUAGCUGUUCAAAUUUGUAAAAAAAAAAAAAAGAAAUGAAGUCUAGUUGUUUGUACAGUCUGGUUAUGAAACGCAAGGAAAAUACUGAUAAUAUCGUAAAAGUCGUAUAUCAUUCAAUCAAAGUUAUAUUAUAUCA